CGAAAGAACCUUUUGGCACUACCAGCAUCUCAUCAUGAAUCGGUUGUUUGGGUGAUAUAUUUUUAAUCAAUCUACUUGGAAUAUCUGAAAGUGGGCUAAUAUUAUCUCUCUUCUCGAUCACGUUCGUCGAAUGGGAAUGCCUGGUGCUUUGCACCAAGAAUGUCGAUGACAUGGAGCAUGGCUGUCAGAACUCUGGUGACGGUCAUCCGGGCCUCGAACAAGACUCCUAUACACUCGAGAAGCUGCGUCACGCUUCCGCAACCCAUGUCCAUAUAACGAGUCGACGAUUCUUUAUUGGCCCUAUUCCCAAAAACUGGCUACAAAGCCAUCGCAAGUCAUGGUACAGAAAACGAUUGAGUUCCAGAGACUAUAGGUCCAGAGCCGUUACUUUUUCUGCAGAGUCGGAUUACGCUCAGGAAACAGGGCAAUCGGCAUCUGACCCCCCAUCGAUUGAACCGGAAGAGAAUGAGUCAGAGACGGAAAUAGAACAGGAUAGCGGUCAGGAAACCCCGCGGUUGACACAAGAUCUAAGGGUUUUGACCCACGAAUAUGAGGAUAAUGAUGAACCGCCGCCUUCGGUGGACCCCCGCGGCGGCGACACACCUGGGACAAAAACCGACUCGAGGUCUGCAUAUUUCACAGCAAGAGAAGGGAAUGCGAGUCUCUCUACUAUAACCCCAGUCCAAUCUGCAAGACAUGCACAAUUCCAGAAUUCGAGACUGCUAGCCGUUCCGCAUAGCGUGCGCGGGCGAAGCAUUCAUAGCCAUCUGAAUAAUACUCAGCCAUCUCUGCCAGCCACACCCAGCGAGUCCGGCUCGAUGGAGCCAUUAUUGUCGGUACCGCGAAACAAGGACAAAAGCGAACAGCACAGCGUCCCACCCGCAAGCCUGCAGCGACAUGAGCCUCAACGUGGAGUUUCAGAAGGGGACGACGGGUCAAACGACUGGCGACAGGACAGAACGUCUCGGGCUCCUCACAUUGCCAAUCCGUUGACCGUCAAUGAUAACCUACAUGCCAGGCGACGACGGAUUGCGUCCAAGAUUUCCAGGACGCAGGGCAGAGUUCCCGACUGGUUUUCUCGGCACAGGGUUGAAGUAGGCGAAGUUAUCAAAGCAGAAAAGAUGCUAAUCCGCGUCGAGGAAACGGCACAGGAUGAGUUACCCGAAGAUUACAGUGAAUUCGAUAGCCUUCGGAUGGAGACGCGAGUACAGGAUAACUGGAGAGAAUUUCUAGUAGUUUGCCGGUCAGCAUCCGACAAGGAAGCCCCUUAUACAUUGCAAAUGUACAAAACGCGAGUGAUACCCAAAAUACAGGAGCAAGGGAGAGCUUCUCCUUAUCACGAAAUUGCGCUUGGCCGGAAGACGGUUAAAGUAAACCUCUACUCGGCUCUGGAUAAGACAAUUGCGGUCUGGAAAAGGUCCAAGCGUGGAACGACGAUCUAUAUUCUGCGCCCUAAAUCAACUGCUCGUGCGGUAGAGUGGUAUACAUUCAUCGCAUACACUAUGGGUAGGCGCCGAGCCUCCUCGCUUGGGAUAACAGUACCGGAUCUCGCUGUCUCUUUAGUAUUUAACAACCCGUUCAAACAGGUAGGAUUUGCCAACAGUUCCGGACAUGAAGGGCCUGAGGAGAUUGUCAAGCAAACUUCUGCAUAUGACUCGAUAAUACAAGGCUGCUUGACGAUGCUGGAGGAUCGCCCAGAGUGGUCAGCGGUUAUGAAGAGAUGGACGAGUACGGAAAAGCUCGGACUGGCUUGGAAACGAUAUGAUCGACUAGAAUGGAUAUAUGGAGUUAAUGAGAAAGACAUGUAUGGCUCAGUCGGAAUGCAGGGAACACACGAACUUGAGCUACGACCGAAACAGCACUAUGACACUUCCGUUGGAUAUGGAGCAAAGAAGAAGGAAGAGCCCGCUCCAGUAGAAGGUUUCUUGAUUCGACUUACCUCUCAGACAGGAGCUCACCAGCGGAUGAACAGGAUGUUUUCCAAACGUCUUUACUUUUUCAGUCAAGAUCAUUACCUGUUUUUCUGCAAGCCAUCACAGGCCCUUCCUCCUACACCACCAUGGCUAAGCGCUCUGGACUCCGGUAUACCAUCUACUCAGGAAAUAUUGGACAAGGCCCCUCUCUCGUACGAGAUAGAUCCUUUUCCUUUGCAGGACGGGCAAAUAUCCUGGUUGUCCAUUGGAAAUACCGAACAUCAGAAGCGUCGCGAUGAGGAAGCAUAUGCUCAGUUUCAAAGGGACAUCCACAAUCUCAGCAAUGCCGACGGAUUCAUCAACCUGUGUCUGGUGCAAGAGGUACGCUCUAUUCCGGAUGAUUUCUCAUCUGCUUCAAAUACCCGGGAGACAUGCGAUCGUGGGAUUACGCAGCCAAAUGACCCAUCGCAGUUGCAAGCCGGUAAUGUUGGCGAGCAGUCUACUGACAACGCCGGAUUUGAAAUGCUCCUUGACAAUGGUCUAGUUGUGCGCUUCCAGGCAUAUAAUAGCGCAACAAGGGAUGAGUGGAUGCAGAGAUUAGACGCCUUGGUUCAAUAUUGGAAGGCAAGAAUUGUCGCAGAUGCUGCCGAGCUCAAGAACACUCGGCAGCGAAACCUCGAACUUCUGGGUAUGGACGAAGAGCUAGAGUCGGUGAUAGGGCAGUACGCGAAGAAGUGGGAGGUCAGGAAGGCAGAAGCCUCUCCUCUCCUGCAUAAUAUGUGCUCCUUAAUUGGCUGCCGGCCAAUAAAGACUAGCCCUAACCUUUCCAUGGAGAUGUCUGGCCUGCUGUAUAAGAAACCCCGACGCCAUGCAACCUUUAAGCGGUUCCAUGUCAUCCUCACGGCCGGAAAGCUCCUUGUGUACCACAGCUCCCUCCGCAAGUACAACGGCGCCGAAGUGCCCCAUGUCCACUCUACGCUUGAGUCCACCAUCGACCUCGAAAACUGCUACAUCUACUCUGGCCUCAUCGCAGAGAAUGACCUGCUUUAUUCUAACCAGACGUUCGACAGUAAUCAUCCGGGUCAUGGGGCCUUGCCACGAGUGUAUCUUUCCUCGGAUAUGUACACAAGUAGCGAUGAGGACACGGCAAUCACAUUUGUGAUUUGGCAGCCCCUCCGGAAGGGGCUUUUCCGGGCAAGAGAGCGCGAGGUGGAGGGCGGAGAGAGUGGCGAUGGACAUGGCGGUGGGAGGGUGAAGACACGACAGACACUGAAGCAGGUGUCGAAGCUGGGGGUGCAUGGUAGAACAAUUGUAUUCAAGGCGAGGAGUCGAGUGGAGAAGGAUCGGUGGGUGUUGUGUAUUGCAUCUGAGAUUAAUCGCUUACAGGAGGGGAAGGCUGAAGAUGUCAGGUUGACCUCGUCUUAG